AUGAGGGUAGAAGACCAUCCUAAGGUGCAAUUAUGUAGUCGCAGAGUGGAAGAAUCGCCCCAUAAUUACAAGCUCGAAUACCAUCCCUACAAUGUGCCAUGUUUUGCGAUGUUCUUUCAGGCGAUGCAUAUCUUUGCGUCAUGCACUAGUGAAAUGGAUUCAAUUUGGCAGUGCUCUAGUUCAAUGAAGGACCACCAAGAAUGCUGCAAGAAAAGUGGUGUAAGUGGUGAAUGCUGGAAGAUAUGCGAUGGAAGCAGUGGAAAAUUCGAUGAUAUGAUGGAAUUUUUCGUGGAUUGUUUAGAUGAAACGCCUAAAAUGAGAAAAUGUUUUUCAGAGCAUUUGGAAAAUAAUCCUGUCGAAAAAUAA